AUGAUAUUGAUUAUUGGAGAAAGUCUUCUACCAUCGCCUAAUGAUAUAACUGUUGCCGAUAUUGGCGAUGGUACCUCCGUCCAACUCUGUUUAUCCCACCAAACAUCUGCCUCAGCUGCAAAGAUUACCUUACUUGCAUUCUACAUUGAACCCCACAGGUCAGACCCUACGAUUUGGGAUACCGCUGCUGGCUGUCAUCUUAUAUAUGCCAAAACUGCCUUCGUCGAUAUCCACACCCACUGGCUACGUCAAGAAGCACUCACCGGGCGCAUCCACGAUAUCUACACCUCUACGAACGAGAUGAUCGCCAACGGCCUAACGAAGGCAUUUCCCUUACGAGGAUUCAACGAGUUGGUGCACGAGGUCAAAUCAGUGGACAUCAAGGAAAAUAUCGCUGCACGACGAGUGGCCGAGGAGCAACAAGAGGAAAUAGACAUGAAAGCAAAACUCUUCAUCGAGAGGUUCUGA